ACGUUACAUAUGUGUAAACUCCUGAUUUAUCAAAGGGCCCAAUUAUAACAAAAAAACCAGAUCUUUAUCCAAUUUUGUCACUCACCGAACGCUAAAGUUUUCAUUUUUCAAUCUCAUCACAGAGAAAAACUAAUAGCUAUGGCGAAGAAGAUUGGAGUGACGAUGGAUGUUGGGAACGAUGGUGUUGCUGUCAUCACCAUUUCUAAUCCUCCUGUUAACUCUUUGGCCAGUCCAAUUAUUUCUGGGUUGAAGGAGAAGUUUCGAGACGCCAAUCAAAGGAAUGAUGUUAAGGCCAUCGUAUUGACUGGGAACAAUGGAAGAUUUUCGGGUGGUUUCGAUAUCAAUGUCUUCCAGCAAGUUCAUAAGACUGGGGAUUUAUCGCUUAUGCCUGAAGUAUCUGUUGAGCUUGUGUGUAACCUGAUGGAAGACUCUAGGAAGCCGCUUGUUGCUGCAGUUGAAGGAUUAGCUCUUGGUGGUGGUUUGGAACUCGCAAUGGCGUGUCAUGCCCGUGUUGCUGCUCCGAAAGCUCAACUAGGCUUACCAGAAUUGACUCUUGGAGUGAUUCCAGGUUUUGGAGGAACCCAACGUCUUCCAAGGCUAGUAGGCCUUGCAAAAGCAACGGAUAUGAUACUGCUUUCGAAGUCAAUAUCGUCAGAAGAGGGGCAAAAACUGGGUCUUAUUGAUGCCUUGGUGCCACCUGGAGAUGUGUUGAGCACGUCCAGAAAGUGGGCUCUAGAUAUUGCAGAUGGACGUAAACCCUUUUUGCGCUCACUGCACAGGACCGACAAAAUUGGUUCUUUAUCUGAAGCUCGUGCUAUAUUAAAGAAUUCAAGACAGCUAGCCAAGAAGGUAGCCCCAAAUAUGCCUCAGCACCAUGCUUGCAUUGAGGUGAUUGAAGAAGGAAUCGUCCAUGGAGGAUAUAGUGGGGUUCUUAAGGAAGCAGAAGUUUUCAAGCAACUAGUACUGUCAGACACUGCAAAGGGUCUUGUUCAUGUUUUCUUCGCACAACGUGCAACAUCAAAAGUGCCUAAUGUAACUGACGUUGGAUUGAAACCGAGGCCGAUAAAAAAAGUUGCAGUUAUUGGUGGAGGUCUGAUGGGUUCUGGCAUCACUACGGCUCUACUUCUAAGCAAUAUAAGAGUUGUGCUUAAAGAAAUAAAUUCAGAAUACCUUAUGAAGGGAACAAAAUCAGUUGAAGCAAAUAUCAAAGGCUUGGUAUCUAGGGGGAAACUGACACAAGAUAAAGCAGGAAAGGCCCUCUCUUUGUUCAAGGGAGUACUCGACUACACAGAAUUCAAAGAUGUGGACAUGGUCAUAGAGGCAGUGAUUGAAAACAUUCAGUUGAAACAAAACAUAUUCAAAGAAAUCGAAAAGGUUUGUUCACCCCAUUGCAUUUUGGCGAGUAAUACAUCUACUAUCGACCUCGACGUAAUUGGGGAAAAGACUAACUCAAAAGAUCGCAUUGUUGGCGCACAUUUCUUCAGCCCGGCCCAUCUGAUGACCCUUCUCGAGAUUGUUCGUUCAAAGAAUACUUCUGCUCAGGUGAUUUUGGAUCUCAUGGCGGUUGGAAAGGCCAUAAAGAAAGUUCCCGUGGUGGUUGGAAACUGCAUAGGCUUUGCAGUGAAUAGGACAUUCUUUCCGUAUACACAAGCUGCACAUAUGUUGGCCAAUCUAGGUGUUGACUUGUUCAGAAUUGACAGCGUGAUUACCUCUUUCGGCUUGCCGUUGGGCCCUUUCCAGCUUGGUGAUUUGGCUGGACACGGGAUUGGAUUAGCAGUUGGGCCGAUAUAUGCCAAGGUCUAUGGUGACCGCAUGUUCAGAUCUCCAAUGACCGAGCUUCUUCUUAAGAGCGGGCGAAAUGGAAAAAUCAACGGGAAAGGAUACUAUAUAUACGAAAAGGGAAGCAAACCAAAACCCGAUCCAUCAGUGCUUUCAAUUGUUGAGGAAUCGAGGAAACUGACCAAUAUAAUGCCUGGUGGGAAGCCUAUAUCAGUAUCUGACAAAGAAAUUGUAGAGAUGAUCUUAUUCCCUGUGGUUAACGAGGCAUGCCGUGUCCUAGAUGAAGGAGUUGUGAUCCGAGCCUCAGACUUGGACAUUGCGUCAGUCCUUGGAAUGAGUUUUCCUUCUUACCGUGGGGGAAUUGUUUUCUGGGCAGACACAGUUGGACCAAAGUACAUAUAUGAAAGGCUCAAGAGAUUGUCGGAGACUUACGGCAGCUUUUUCAAACCGUCGAGGUAUCUGGAGGAAAGAGCAAUGAAUGGAAUGCUUUUGAGUGAAUCGAAAUCGUCGAGGUCUCGAUUGUGAAGCGUUUGAACAAGCUUAUGCAGGAGAGGCUGAAGGUGUUAGUCAAAUGAGAAUAAAUCAGUCUCUCUUAUUGUUUCAAAGUUAAUUGCUAUUAAGGUGUUUGUUGUUAACACUUAAAAGAAACAAAUUUUAUGCUCUUAAUAAAUGUUUGUAGUGAUGUCA